UUGUAUAAAUUCGUGUGACUAUCAUUCAUUUUUAAAACUAAAUAACGCUAUUUACAUGGCGUUCUCCACACAAAAAGAAUUUUUUCAUAUACCCUAUAUAAACGAAAAUUAUGAGCUUAACUGCACUGGAGUUUGCGUAAAUCUAAAGACCUAUCCCUCUUCAAUCGACGAUCGAUCAUGGUCAGAAAAUGAGGAAAAAAAAUCGCGUUUUGUUUCCGAUUUAGUGGCGUGUAACAAUCCAAAUUUUGUUAAGCAUGGAAACGAAACAGAGACCAAAAAUAUUAAAUCUGAAUCGCGAGGCGAAAAUUUCAAAAUUUUAAUAGACCCGUAUGGUAGUAAUCUCCUGUUGGAAGACAGUUUAAUAAAUGCGGCCGAUGACGCAAUCGAUUGGUUACAAGAUCUGAUGAAACGAAACAUCCUUAACAACCAGCUACCUGAAUCAGACAUGAAACUAUUACCGAUAAGAAUGGACAACGCCGAAAUUAAGAGGAUUAUGAAUCAAAGCUACAAUCGAGAUAAUGCAAGGAUCCUGCAAGCGAAGUUAAAUGACUGGAUAAACUCAAAAAAUGAAUUGCACGAAGAGAAGGAACUUAAAGAAAUUGUAAGAACUAUCGAUGACAUGGACAAAGCCCAGGAUUUACUUGAGGCUGAAAAUGCUUAUCUAAAGCGUAUUAUAGAAAAACAAUCCAUGCGAUGUCGGCUUGAUAGCUUAGAAAUUAAUCCCGAGCAAAGCACAGACGUUAAGUAUCUUCAAACAAAAAUUAACGAAAUGGGUAAAGAAUUAUCGUUACUUCGGCAAACCGAAGAUAUGCUUAUAAGGAAGUGCGCACAGAUGUGUAGAAGCGAGUGCAGUGAAGCUUUCAAGAUUGAAGGUGUCUAUAUGAAUAAUGCAUUCUCACUAGAACAUGACAUUUUAAAUAUACAAAGAAUUUUACAAGAAAGAGAUGGCCUGCGUAAAAAGUGUAAAAGGCUAGAAGCGCUCGGCGAAAAGCUUAAGGCCCUAGAAAAAAAGGCAAAUGAGGCAGAAAACAUUUCCGAGGAUCUUGAAGACAAUAUCAACCAGCAGAACCAAUACAUUGACGAUAUUCAGACGGAAAUGGAUAAAAUGAAAAAUUACUAUGACAAUGAAGUUGACAAAGCGAAAGGAUUAGAGAAACUUCUUACUUUGUGUUCAUUGAAAAAUCAGUGCAAGAGAAACCAGGAAAUACCACGAUAUUUUUUCACGUCCCUUUUCGAGAUCGACUUUUUAUUCCACUUAUUUUUGUAA